GGCUCUAUUUAACUGCGGCUCGGUUGCAACCGGCGCUCAGCCCGCUGUCCCCCUCCGGUUCACACACAUACACACACACACUCCCCCACACACACACACUCCCAGCAUGCCUCCGUUUGAAAAGAGCCAGCUGCAGAACAAACCGUUCAAACAGCGGAAGAGUUUCGCUAUCAGGAAGCAAGAGGUGGCGGGAAUCCGGUCCAAGUUCCCCAACAAAAUCCCGGUCAUCAUCGAGCGCUACGGGCGGGAGAAGUAUCUUCCUCCGCUGGACAAAACCAAGUUCCUGGUGCCGCACGAGCUGCCCAUGACCCAGUUCGUCACCAUCAUCAGGAACCGGAUGGCUUUGCUGCCCACUCAGGCCUUCUACCUGCUCAUUAACAACGGCGGGCUGGCCAGCAUGUCCCUCACCAUGGCUCAGGUCUACAAGGACCACCAGGACGAGGACGGCUUCCUCUACAUGACCUACGCCUCGCAGGAGAUGUUCGGACACAGAUUCCCGCUUUAGAUUUUAUCGUUAGCCUCCGUAUCUGCUGUAAAUGUAUUUAAAAAAGAAAUGCUUUGUAUAUAUUGUAAUAUUGGUUGUACAUGUUUGAUUGUUUGAGCUGGAUUUUAAUUAAAGAGUAUGUGGAUCCAAUAAAUCUUAAACUGUAA